CCAUCUAACUAGUAUCGACGGUUUCUCCUCAAGUCUGUACCAAGAAGCAGUUAGGGGAAGUAGGCCAUUGAGUAACGGCUUGCCUAGGUUGAUCGCUGGAAUUCGGAGCCGAGGGAUCAGAGGGAGGCGGCCGUCUUUGUUGCUCGUUAGGCAGUGUUUAUCUCAAGGGCUGGCUGGUUUUCUUUACCUCAUCUCCAUCCAAGUGUUUCUCGAAACGAGGUUAGACCGCACACUGUACCCAAUCGCCCUUCCUGGGGCUACACAGUGAACGAAUGGGGAAAUGGCAGGGACCGGGAAUCGGCUUCUGAGACAGGGAGGUUUGGGGACGAAGGGAUGUGAAGAGGACCAUCCUGGGAGGCUCCUUGCUUGAGCAAUCUUCUCCGCGCCCGCCAGAAGGCGCCGCGGCGCUCCCCAUCCCCGCUCAGAGCCCGAGCCUUUGCGGCAGCCAGCCCGGGAGCGGCGCUGCGGUGUGAGAGCCGGGCGGAGGCCUGAGCGCGACGCGGUGCCAGGGCUCCCCAGCUUUGUCGCUGGGGCUGGGGCGCGGCGGAUUUACGAUUCAGUUCACCCCGGCAGGAAACAUUCAGAACCACCCCCGCGCUGCGGUCUACAAAGCCCCGGAGUUCGCAGGCGGGAGGAGUCGGAUCCCCGACACUGUCGGGCUCCCGCCCAGCUCCCGCAUCAGGCCGUCGCCGGCCUCAUGAGGAACCCCCGGCUCGGGCGGAGAACCGGGCAGUGCCCGGACCGCGAUCCUGCCGCGGUCUUAGAACGUUAGACAGGUCAGUGCGCUGGCGCGCCCGGCGGCCGAGGUGUGGGCAGAAGCGGCGUCCGCCGGGCCCCGCGCAUCGUGCCCGUGGCGCACCGAGGCCACCUGAGGGUCACCGAGGCCGGGCACCCGCGGGCGCCGUGCCUUUGCUGACCCGCCAGGUGCAGUACAGCCGCCCCUCCGCAGCACCCUGGCCCGGCUGCUGCCCGUGGGGUGGGGGUGGGGUCCCCGAGGGCCGCGCACCCCUAGAUGCUGCAUGUCACCACGCCAAACCUUGGGUGAAUGCGGAAGCCCAGAGGCGAGAGAGAGAGAGGCGGAAGAAAGGAGGCCGGGAGACCUUUGGGGAUGCGGCUGGACCGCCGGGCCCUCUAUGCGCUAGUUCUGCUGCUUGCCUGCGCCUCGCUGGGUCUCCUGUACGCCAGCACCCGAGACGCGCCAGGUCUCCCGAACCCUCUGGCAUUGUGGUCACCCCCACAAGGUCCCCCGAGGCUCGAUCUGCUAGACCUUGCCACUGAGCCUCGCUACGCACACAUCCCAGUCAGGAUCAAGGAGCAAGUGGUGGGGCUGCUGGCUCAGAACAAUUGCAGUUGUGAGUCCAGCGGAGGACGCUUUGCCUUGCCGUUCCUGAGGCAGGUCCGGGCGAUUGACUUCACUAAAGCCUUUGACGCCGAGGAGCUGAGGGCUGUUUCUAUCUCCAGAGAGCAGGAAUACCAGGCCUUCCUUGCAAGGAGCCGGUCCCUGGCUGACCAGCUGCUGAUAGCCCCUGCCAACUCCCCCUUACAGUAUCCCCUGCAGGGUGUGGAGGUUCAGCCCCUCAGGAGCAUCCUGGUGCCAGGGCUAAGUCUGCAGGAAGCUUCUGUUCAGGAAAUAUAUCAGGUGAACCUGAUUGCUUCCCUUGGCACCUGGGAUGUGGCAGGGGAAGUAACAGGGGUGACUCUCACUGGAGAGGGGCAGUCGGACCUCACCCUUGCCAGCCCAAUUCUGGAUAAACUCAACCGACAGCUGCAACUGGUGACUUACAGCAGCCGGAGCUACCAAGCCAACACAGCAGACACAGUCCGGUUCUCCACCAAGGGACAUGAAGUGGCCUUCACCAUCCUCAUAAGACAUCCUCCCAACCCCCGGCUGUACCCACCAUCAUCCCUACCCCAAGGAGCCCAGUACAACAUCAGUGCUCUGGUUACCGUUGCCACCAAGACCUUUCUUCGUUAUGAUCGGCUACGGGCACUCAUUGCCAGCAUCAGACGCUUUUACCCUACGGUCACCAUAGUAAUCGCUGACGACAGCGACAAACCGGAGCGAAUUAGCGACCCCCAUGUGGAGCACUAUUUCAUGCCCUUCGGCAAGGGUUGGUUUGCAGGUCGGAACCUGGCGGUGUCCCAAGUAACCACCAAAUACGUGCUGUGGGUGGACGACGACUUUGUCUUCACGGCGCGCACGCGGCUGGAGAAGCUUGUGGAUGUCCUGGAGAGGACGCCCCUGGACUUGGUUGGGGGCGCGGUGCGGGAGAUCUCGGGCUACGCUACCACCUACCGACAGCUGCUAAGUGUGGAGCCGGGCGCCCCAGGCUUUGGGAACUGCCUCCGGCAAAAGCAGGGCUUCCACCACGAGCUCGCUGGCUUUCCAAACUGCGUGGUCACCGACGGCGUAGUCAACUUCUUCCUGGCGCGCACAGAUAAAGUGCGCCAGGUGGGCUUUGACCCACGCCUCAACCGGGUGGCUCAUCUGGAAUUCUUCCUGGAUGGUCUUGGUUCCCUUCGAGUUGGCUCCUGCUCUGAUGUUGUUGUGGAUCAUGCGUCAAAGGUGAAGCUGCCUUGGACAUCAAAGGAUCCAGGGGCUGAACUUUAUGCCCGUUACCGUUACCCGGGAUCACUGGACCAAAGUCAGGUGGCCAAACAUCGACUGCUCUUCUUCAAACACCGGCUACAGUGCAUGACCGCCGAGUAACGUCUGAUUUGGGCCUUCACACUGUCAGGCUGGGCCUGCCUCCUCCCUGCCAGGAAUUUCCAGCAACCACCCCCCCCCAAUCCCUGAGCACCCCACUGAUGAACACCCUGGCUUCCCGACCCUCUCCACCAAUCUGAUUCCUAACAGGGGCUUGUCCUGGUGACACCCUUCCUUUCUGUGAGUGACCAGAGGCCAGAUGGAGCCAUAUCCUCCCCCACAGCCAGUGCCAAGUCCUCCCCAACCCCACUCCUAUGGGGCAGGAAAUGGGGAGGUUCACUUUCCAAGUGCCAAAGAGCCCAGACGGACUCUAAGACCCUCAAGUGGAAACACUCUCACCUCCUGAGGUGGGCAGGGAAACUCCCAAUUUGCAACCCCAGGGACAUGCACCCCACCCCAGCUCUGGAUCCAGCACCAUGUGUCCCGGCUCCAACAUACCCCUACAGAAAGCACUGUGACUGUAGUUCUGUGGGGCUGGUGAACACACGGUGGAAGCCA